AUGUCGGACGGGCUGUUAAAGGCGGACAAGGAUUGGUCCAAAGAGGCUGAUAAGGUCAUUCCGGAAUCCGAGUCCCUGGCCAAAAAAGAUCUCCAGAAAGCCAUCGACAAUCUCCUCCUCCUAGAGAAGAAGGCCAGACAAUCUUCAGAUCUUGCGUCAACUUCUAGAACGUUAACCGCCAUCGUCACAAUAUGCAAGGAUCAAGGGGACUGGAGCAUGCUCAACGACCAGGUCCUGCUCCUCUCCAAGAAGCAUGGUCAACUCAAGCAAGCUAUCACCAAGAUGGUACAAGUCGUUAUGAGCUUCAUCGAUGACACCCCGAACAUGGAGAUCAAGCUCAGUGUCAUCGAAACAUUACGGACAGUGACCGAAGGCAAGAUCUUCGUUGAAGUCGAGCGUGCCCGCGUUACCCGAAUCCUCUCUAAUAUCAAGAAGAGCCAAGGAGAUAUCACUAAGGCUCGCGACAUCCUGUGCGAGCUUCAGGUUGAAACGUUCGGUUCUAUGACCCGUCGUGAAAAGACUGAAUUCAUCCUUGAGCAAGUUGCACUGUGCAUUGAAAGCGGCGACUGGACACAAGCUCAGAUCCUCUCUCGCAAGAUCUCUACCCGCUACUUCGCACGCAAACCCGCAAAGACGCCAGAACAGCUUGAGGCUGACCGCAAGAAGAAGGAGGAAGAGGAUAAAAAGCGUCAACCAUCUGACCCGCCUGCAGAGCCCACGGAAGACGAUGUCACUGACCUCAAGCUACGCUAUUAUGAGCAACAAAUCACGCUCGCGAAACACGACGAUGCUUAUCUCGAUGCUUGCAAACACUAUCGUCAGGUCCUGGAUACCGAGUCGGUGGAAAAGAACCCUGAGCAACUGCAAGCUGUCCUUCAACGGGUCAUCUACUUCAUCCUGCUGGCACCCUACGAUAAUGAGCAGUCAGAUCUCCUUCACCGUAUCAAUAUCGACCCUCGCAACGUGGCCGAAGUUCCCAAAGAUGCCGCGCUCCUCAAGCAGUUUACCAUCAGCGAGCUAAUGCGAUGGCCUAUGGUCGAGCAGCAGUAUGGCGCACAUCUCACCUCCACCGAUAUCUUCGGCAAAGAUAAAUCGGUUGAAGAUGACAAGGCGUUCUCGCGCUACGAAGCUCUUCGCCAUCGAGUCAUCGAGCACAAUGUGCGUGUUGUUGCUAAAUACUACACCCGCAUCACUUUCCCACGCCUCACCGAGUUGCUCGAUCUCUCCGAGGAAGAGACCGAAAAGUACAUUUCCGACCUUGUUACGAAGAAGACCGUUUUCGCUCGUAUUGAUCGUCCCGCUCGGAUGGUCGAUUUCGAAGUCCGCCGGGGUCCCGAUGAGGUUCUUGACGAGUGGUCGGGCAGCAUGAAGGGUCUACUCGGUCUCCUCGAACGAGCAGGACAUCUUAUACAGCGAGAAGAGAUGAUGGCUCGUAUUCAGCCUGGUGCGGAAGGCGGCAAGAAAGCAGCAAAAGCUUAA